GGGGGAUGGUCAGUCAACAAAAGGAUGUUACAGCGUGUGUGCACGGAUGUCUGCUGGGGACACUUGUUGGAACCCAGCCUUACCUGGACGAAGUACCCUUUCCCAUCUAUGUCCUGAACUUCUCGGUUUGAUAGGUGUCUGUAUGUAUUCUAGCUUGCUCUUUCUGUACAGUGAUAAACACAUUCUACCUUCUCUGACUCCCUUAGUGAAUAGCUGAAAUCAGAAAACAUCCCUGGGUGUAGAAUAGUGAAAAAAGGAAAUCAUUUGGAUCGUAACACUUAAUGUCUAAAUUUCCCUUGCCAUCUAGCCAUUUGAUUUGGGGCAGUGUAUCUAAUCUUUCUGCGCAUCACUUUUCUUGUUCGUAAAAUAAAAAAGGCAAAGCACUAAAGUAUUCUACAUAGCGUGCUCUCAUUAGAAUCAGCAUCAUACUCAGCUUUCACUCCACCACCAAUUGUGUAUGAACUUAGAGACGAGUCACAUCACUUCUCUGAACCGCAUCUACAUCUAGGAAGUAAAGUGAUAGACAAAUGAUACUUAAGCAUCCUCUCCAGCUACAAUUCUAUCCAGCCUUACAUCCAGGCCUAUUUUUCCUUCAAGCCCCGCCCCAGGGGUCUGGCCGGAUUUCUAGCGCUUACCACAGGAUUCCCAAAGAUGCUCAGAAGCUCUCCUUCUUAGACGAUUUAGCCUUGUCUUUUUUCAAUUGGUUCCCGUAGCCUCCGCCUUCCUCAAUCAUUUGCCUAAGGUGGCUUAGGGGCCCACCCCUUUCCUCCCUCUCAACCAGUGAUUGGCAUCGCAUCUGGCUCGUCCCCGCCCUCUCUUGACUGACAGCUGGAUCCCGGCACCGCCCUCAGUCUCCCGGCUCUUGCUCACUGGGGUGGCUGGGACCGUUAGCUGGCCAGGCUGGCAGGCUCCGGGGCCCAGCUCCGCCAGCCGCCGGGAUGGAGACGAUGCGAGCACAGCGGCUGCAGCCCGGCGUAGGUGUCGGCGGGAGAGGCACUCUGCGAGCACUGAGGCCGGGGGUGACCGGGGCCCCAACUAGCGCCGCCACACCCCCCGCAGGCCCGCCGCCCGCCCCCCCGCCCCCCGCCCCGCCCCCGCCGCCGCUGCUUCUGGCUGGGGCCCCCGGGCUGCCCCUGCCCCCCGGCGCUACGGGGAGCCCGGCGGUGCUGCGCGAGGCGGUGGAGGCGGUGGUGAGGAGCUUCGCCAAGCACACGCAGGGCUAUGGUCGAGUGAACGUGGUGGAGGCCCUUCAGGAAUUCUGGCAAAUGAAGCAGUCUCGGGGUGCUGACCUGAAGAACGGGGCUCUGGUGGUGUACGAGAUGGUCCCCUCCAACAGCCCUCCCUAUGUCUGCUAUGUUACUCUGCCUGGGGGGAGUUGCUUCGGGAGUUUCCAGUUUUGCCCCACAAAAGCUGAGGCCCGGCGAAGUGCUGCAAAGAUUGCAUUAAUGAACUCCGUGUUUAAUGAGCAUCCAUCCCGAAGAAUUACUGAUGAAUUUAUUGAGAAGAGUGUCUCAGAGGCCCUGGCAUCUUUCAAUGGUAACAGAGAGGAAGCCGACAACCCAAACACAGGGAUUGGUGCCUUCCGAUUCAUGCUGGAAUCUAACAAGGGCAAGUCAAUGCUGGAAUUCCAGGAGCUGAUGACAGUUUUUCAGCUGCUGCACUGGAAUGGCAGCCUUAAGGCCAUGAGAGAAAGACAGUGCUCUCGACAGGAGGUGUUGGCUCAUUAUUCACAUCGGGCCUUGGAUGAUGACAUUCGCCACCAAAUGGCUUUGGACUGGGUGAGCCGGGAGCAGAGUGUGCCAGGGGCACUGUCAAGAGAGCUGGCUUCCACUGAACGGGAGCUCGAUGAAGCCCGGCUGGCGGGCAAGGAGCUGCGCUUCCACAAGGAGAAGAAAGACAUUCUCAUGCUGGCUGCUGGGCAGUUGGGCACUAUGCAUUCUUCCAGCUGUUAGGAGAAUGGCCAGCCCUGCCCUCUCUCGCCAGGGCUCUUCAGGCCCUUUUUUGUAUGUCUCCUUUUUAAGACGUAGGAUGAUGAUUUCUGUAUAUACUUCCUCAAUUUUAUACUUUAAAAUAGAGAUAUAUAUGUAUAAAUUCUA